CGACGUGCUUCCAAUCACCCAACAAAAUCCCAAGCUCAAUAACUCCGAGUUUCCAGUAUUUCAUUGUUAUCCAUAUGUUCAAUGAUCUGGGUUUUGUUGCAUCCUAAAAAUGAAACCCAUGUUUCCCUCCUUCCUCUCUUCCACCUUAAUUCUCCCAUUCCUUUUCUAACAAACAAAUGCCAUCACAAUUACCUCCAUCACACUUCCUCUCUCAACCAUGUCUUCUAAGCUCAAAGGAAUCUACAAAAGUUUCAAAUACGUCUCCCAAAUUUUCGGUAACUUUUUCUUUUCUUCUUUUAAUUUUCCUGCUAUUAAACUAUCACUAAACUCAAAAGUUUAUACGAUUGCAGCAAUGAAAGAUCGCGAGAUGGAAAUUGGUUAUCCGACCGAUGUGAAGCAUGUAUCUCACAUCGGGUUGGAUAAUUCAUCGCCAUCCGGUUCUGCCCCUAGCUGGAUCAAGGAAUUCAAAGGCGGCGAGGUUAGUGAAGGAAGAGAUUCGAGUGCAACCGCUGUAACUGCCGUGUCUCAUUGGUCCACUCCUUCCCAAGAUUUUGAUGUUUCAAUAGGCUAUCAAUCGGCGUCGGACAUAUCGUUGGAGCUUCGGCAGCCACAACUUCCAAAGAAACCAAAGAAAAAAAAGAGCAGCAAGCAUACCUCCUCCUCCUCCUCCUCCUCAACAACAACAAACUCAAAACCUUCCUGAAAU